CACGACACGCAGGAAGGUGUCCCGCCUCUGCGCGUUUAGCUCUUGUUUUAAAGCUACAGAGAGAAACACGGAGGGACCCAGUCACGGCGGCUCCAACGGCGAUGUCUUUUAGGUAGAAAACUGCGUGAACGAAGCCGCUGAGAUGAGCGACAGAGCCGAGAUGAGAGGGCCCGUAACCCGGCGGAGGAGGACGACCAUCUCCGGAGGGGGCGGUGGGUCGACCGGGGUGAAGCAAGCCAACGGGAACAAGUCGCACGAUGCCGGGGAGAAACCUCCACAGUGUCCGGCUAAAGCCAAAGCGGGGGACGAGGCGUCAAAGCAUGCGAGUAACAACGGGAAGGUGGACCGAGAGGGUGGGAUGUCAGGGCAGCAGCAGCAGCAGCUCAGGAGCAGCCCGAAGAGGCAGCGGAGUGCGGCGGAGGACAUCAGCGACAGGCUCAGCUGUCACGUUCUACAGGAGUCUCUCUUGAGCUCAGCGAGUGGCUACAGCAACUACAGAGGAAUCCUCAACUGGUGUGUUGUCAUGCUGGUGCUGAGUAAUGCACGCCUCUUCUUGGAGAACAUUAUAAAGUAUGGCAUCUUGGUAGACCCUAUCCAAGUCGUGUCUCUCUUCUUAAAGGACCCGUAUAGCUGGCCAGCAGCUUGCCUGAUCAUUGCGUCCAACGUGUUCAUCCUAGCAGCCCUGUACACAGAGAGGCGUCUGGCUGUGGGAACCAUCUCUGAAACUACAGGACUGAUUUUUCACAUUUUUAUCCUGACAUGCUUGAUGAUCUGUCCUGCAGUCACAGUACUCACUGUGACGUCCAUGACCCCAGUGGGUGGUGUGCUCUCCCUCGGGAUCUACACAGUGCUGUUUCUCAAGCUGUACUCUUACAAAGACGCCAACAGGUGGUGCAGAGAAAUCAGACAAGCCAAAGCCAAAAGACUGACACGAUCAUAUUCAUGUCCCACUGUGGCACAGUCCAAUGGGUCAGCACUUCAGACUCAUGUGUCCUACCCAGGAAACCUCACACACAGAGACAUGUACUACUUUGUCUUUGCACCAACUCUCUGCUACCAGCUCAACUUCCCGCGGUCUCCUCGAAUACGCAAGAGGUUCCUGAUGAGAAGACUUUUUGAAAUGCUUUUCUUCAUGCAGUUGUUGGUGGGAUUAAUACAGCAGUGGAUGGUUCCCACUAUCCAGAACUCAAUGAAACCAUUCCAGGAAAUGGACUUUUCUAGGAUGAUGGAGCGGCUGCUGAAACUAGCUGUUCCUAACCAUCUGAUAUGGUUAAUCUUCUUCUACUGGUUUUUCCAUUCUUCUUUGAACUUUGUGGCAGAGCUGCUGCAGUUUGGAGACCGGGAGUUCUACAAGGACUGGUGGAACUCGGAGACUGUCACCUAUUUCUGGGCCAACUGGAACAUCCCAGUGCACAAGUGGUGUCUGAGACACUUUUAUAAGCCAAUGUUGAGGAGGGGAGUCAACAAGUUUCUGGCUCAGACUGCUGUCUUUCUGGUUUCUGCCUUCUUCCAUGAGUACCUCGUUAGCGUUCCUCUGAAGAUGUUCAGACUUUGGGCUUUUAUGGGAAUGAUGGCACAGGUUCCUCUGGCUUGGUUCGUGGGCCGCUUCCUGAAUGGAAACUAUGGCAACGCAGCUGUGUGGAUGUCACUCAUCAUUGGACAGCCCGUCGCUGUGUUGAUGUAUGUCCAUGACUACUAUGUCAUUCACUACGGCAGCACCACAUAGUACUGGACAAACACACAUUCUCCGACACACACACACCAGCCUGCAGGAUGAGACGAUUAGAGAAUGUGGAGCGAGUGAAGGUCGCAGCAAUAGCGGGAAAAUUGUGACUUUAUUUACUUUUGCACUUCAAACAACUGGACCACAGUAUGUCAGAAAACUAUCUUGGAUAUUCAAACAACAUGAGAGGUGCUUGAUGUUAAGCUGGAGUCCACUUCAAUAGGCUAAACAUGCUGUACCUUUGUCAGCCUCCAAUCUUUGUACACCUGGGCGUCCGUCUUCACCAUCUGUCUGUGGCGUCGGAUCUUCUCAAGUUUCUUAAAUUAUUAGAAUCGAGCCCUCAUUGUUAGCUUUGUCAGAAGUAUGCUUUUAUCUAAAGUAGAUUUUGCUGAAACGUGGUGCUGAAGCUUGACUCAGAACUCACAAGCUCCAACAAAGGUUGGAUGCAUCGAAUGAACCUCUUCUGCUUGAGCUUUGACAACAGUUUCUUGAACUUUAAACGUACUUCAACACAUUCAAAGGUGGCAACACGGCUUGCAACCAAGCACUCCUCCUGAGUUGUGGAUGUUUAAAAACGCACACACACCGCCAGGUGCAACUAAUGUGAACCACUGCCGAGCGAGCACAGUACAGGACCCUGCCUCCGUAGAGCCAAUAUCAAAACCUUCUUUCUUUAUCAGUGGCUGUAAAGUCGCUCUUUGUGUACCUGAAGGCAACACAUACAUUUUUAAAGCCCCUUUUCCCUCUACAAGCUAAGGCUUGAACAGUCCAGUUGUCCAUUUAAUAUGUCUCCCGGUCUUCAAAUGGACCACAGGGACAGUUUUUUACAUGUAUUCUGUAUUCAUAUCCUAAAUCCCUCUCUCUGUGAUGCAACACAUUUUCAAGUAUGAUGGACAUAUUAAAAUAAUAUUAAAAUGUCUGAAGGAAGCAAGGAUCCCUCUCUAAAGAGUGAAGAGUAAAAUGACAGUGUUCUGGCUUUAUCUGUAUAGUCAUAGACUCUGUCUCCUCUCUCCUGUUUCUCAAAUCCAAACAGAAUCAAUGCAAGCUCUUAGUGUAACAGCUCAUGCUACAGGUGUUAUCUGCCUUGGCUUUAUUGUCUUCUGUCUGUGUUGACUUAUCAGGUUUAUUUUAUACUCUGUAUAAUUUUAUUUGUUAGUUUGUCUGUAAGCAGCUAAUUUGUGCCAUCUUGGAAUCACUACUUUUGCUGUAUUAGUGUGAAGUCAAUGAUUUAAUGUAGUGUUUGAUUUGUCGAUUUGAACCAAUGAAUGUUCUUUUGCACUUUAAAGAGAUGCAUGCUGUCGACUAAAGCAAUAGAUUUCUAUGAAUGUAUUCUUUAAGUUAUAUCAGUCAUGUAAAGAAAACACACUUUGCUGGAAUAAUUUGUUCUGUAAUUCGUCUCUUGACAUUUUGUUUUAUGUGGUUGGUUUAAGUUUGUUUAAAAGCCGCAGUAGUAACAAUAGGUGAUUCAAACAGCCUGUUCAUGUUAGAUGUUUUACAGUGUUUGUAUUCCAAAAAAAAAAAA